AUGGCCUUGACCAUCAAGCAACAAUUCUUCAUAGCAGUACUAGUUCUUGCCUUCCCUUUAUCAAAAAUAAGUGGAGAUCUUGAUAUUACCUCUGAUUUUGUGGUUCCAUUUGGAGUCAAUGUCACUCUAUUGGAUGGAAACUUUUUCACCUAUACUGGUAUGAGGCCACUCAUUACCUCUUAUCCACCAACAAAUUUCAUUGUAACAAAAGCAACCAUGGCUGAAUUCCCUGCCCUUAAUGGACAAAGUGAUUCCUAUGUUGUUUUACAGUACCCUGCUGGUUCAGUUAACCCUUUUCAUACUCAUCCUCGUGCAACUGAACUUUUGUUUCUCACCUAUGGCAUACUUGAAGUUGGAUUUGUUGACACUACUAACAAGCUGUUCACUCAAAGACUUCAAGCUGGUGACAUUUUUGUGUUCCCAAAGGGAUUAGUCCACUAUCAAUUCAACUGUGCAGAGAAUGAUUCCGUGAUCGCGGUUUCAACUUUGAGUAUUGCAGCUGCUGGCACUAUCUCGGUUCCUUUAAUUGUUGGCAACAGGCAUUGA